GGUCAAUACGGUGCCAAUCCAGAGAUGCGUCGAAAGAAAUCUCUAGUCCGACCUGAUCGAGCACCAGUUGAUCCAUCUCAUCGACUUUACAAUUAUCGAAACCAUGCUGCUGCCAUGCAAGCUGAUGAACGUGGUCGAGUAGGAUUGAGUAAGACUGCACGUCAUCCGAACGGUCAGUCUGGAUUCGGUAAUGGAGCUGAAGGUCUCAAACGUGGUAAAAGUUUGUUGGCUCGUCGACCUGGUGAAGCAGAAGAAUCAGGUCUGUCGAUUCUCAAACGCGGUGAGACAUUACGGAGGAGAGUCAAUAAGAGAAAGAUGUCAGAUACCGAUACAAACAUACCAGUCAAAAAGCCAGUUGAACCUUGGCCAAUCUAUUGCAGAGUAGUCACUUGUUGCUUUCCAUUAUUCGUAUUAUCAUGCUUUGGUAUCAAAACUCCAGAAAGAGCUGCAGCCUGGAGAGAGAAAAUGGGAAUUCUCUUCCUCAUCUUUACUUUAAUGGCUGGUGUUGCCUUUCUUACCUUUGGUUUUACACAAGUUGUUUGUGGGAAGCCGCCACUGAGAUAUCAUUCAGGAAAUUUAGAAGGAGGUAUGAUGAUCUUUCAUGGUGAAACAUAUGAUCUGAAUAGUUUUCAACAUGUUGGAGCUCCUGGAAUAGCAGCUGGUGAUAAUCCUUUAUAUAGCACAUUCAAUGCGGGUGGUCAAGAUGGAAGCUUUCUAUUUCAAAGAGUUAACCUGAAUUGUAAAGGUAUCAUUACGGCGGCUUCUGGUACUGGGAUUCCUGUGGACAAAGAUGGAAACUUGGGGUGGUAUUUUCCUUGUAAUCUUUAUAAUCAGUUUGGUACAAGUCCUGUGAACAAGACGGGAUACGCUCAAGGUCAAUUAUGUCAUACCCAAAACGAUGCUCGAAGUGCUUUCAUCAAACUGCAUCCAUUAGGACAAGUUUAUUACACAUGGAACGAUUUACGCAACUCGAGUCGAAAUUUAGCUGUCUAUGAUUCAGCUGUUUUAGAUUUAAGUUUAUUGAAUUGGUUGGAUAAAUCUCAAGUGACUUAUCCAUCUGUAUUUGAUGAUUUAAGAGUGGUGAACAAUAGCUUUAGUGGUCAAGAUAUCACCAUGCAACUCGUUCGGACAGGUGGUAAAGCCUUAGGAUCUUGUUUGACGGAUACCAUUCAAGUUGGUUAUAUCGAUACCAAUACAUUAGGAUGUGUUGCUUCUACUGUGGUUCUUUAUGCUUCAUUGGUGGUCAUUAUCGGUGUAGUCUUGAUCAAAUGGGCCAUGGCAGUUUCCUUUGCUUGGUUUUUCGGAUGGAGACUUGGAUCUUUUGGUAAGGAAACUGCCGAACAACGAGCUGAACGAGCUGCUGCGAUUGAAAGUUGGACCGAUGAUAUCUAUCGUCCUGCGCCUGCUCGAUACCGGCCGAAUGCGAAGAACGGAAAACGUAGUAUCUUACCCAAUACCAGUCGAUUUACUAUGGCCGGAAAACCUAGCGGUGGAGGUGGAGGUGGUCUCAAUGGCGGUGGUGGUGCUAGGCCGAUGAGUACUUAUGUUGGCGAGAUGAAUAGGAAGAGUAUGGCUUUUACUAAAGGCAUGCUCGCUGUGCCAGGCAUGAAGAAUUCACCACCAACCUCACCAGGCGCGAAUGGAGCGAUCAAACCGUCACAUAGUGCUAAAGGAGGCUCAACUCAACCUCCUGGAUGUCCUUUCCCACUUUACAAUGUGAUACCUCAACCACCACCGGAUUACGAACCUUUCAAUUUCCCGUUGGUUCACACUAUUUGCCUGGUGACAGCUUACUCGGAAUCUAUUGAAGGUCUUCGUACAACACUUGAUUCACUUGCAACAACAGAUUAUCCCAAUUCACAUAAAUUUAUCCUUGUCAUCGCAGAUGGGAAAGUCAAAGGUUCAGGUAACGAUAUGAGCACGCCUGAAAUUUGCUUAACCAUGAUGAAAGAACUUUUGAUACCAGCUGAAGAUGUAGAAGGAUUAAGUUAUGUUGCCAUUGCUGAUGGUCACAAACGUCAUAAUAUGGCUAAAGUUUAUGCAGGAUUUUAUUCGUAUGAUAAUAAUACAGUAGAAGUCAAUAAACAACAAAGGGUACCGAUGAUCUUGAUUGCUAAAGUAGGUAAUCCAGAUGAACAACAUGAAUCUAAACCGGGUAAUCGAGGUAAAAGAGAUUCACAAGUCUUGUUGAUGAGCUUUUUACAAAAAGUGAUGUUUGAUGAACGAAUGAAUGAAUUUGAUUAUGAGUUCUUUAAUUCGAUAUGGAGAAUCACCGGUGUUAGUCCUGAUCAUUAUGAGAUUUGUUUGAUGGUGGAUGCAGAUACUAAAGUCUUUCCGGAUUCGGUUUCUCGUAUGGCAGCUUGUAUGGUUAGAGAUUCUGAGAUCAUGGGCUUAUGUGGAGAAACCAAGAUUGCAAACAAGGGUGAUAGUUGGGUGACCAUGAUACAAGUGUUUGAAUAUUACAUUUCUCAUCAUCUUCAAAAAUCUUUUGAGUCAAUGUUUGGUGGUGUGACUUGUUUACCUGGAUGUUUCUCAAUGUAUCGAAUCAAAGCACCAAAAGGAGGUGAUGGAUACUGGGUCCCGAUCUUAGCCAAUCCUGACAUUGUCGAACAUUAUUCAGAGAACGUAGUCGAAAGUUUACAUGCGAAGAAUUUAUUAUUACUCGGAGAAGAUCGAUUCCUGACCACCUUGAUGUUGAAGACUUUCCCGAAACGAAAGAUGAUGUUUUGUCCUCAAGCAGUAUGUAAGACGAUCGUACCUGAUACCUUUCGAAUUUUGAUUUCUCAACGUCGUAGAUGGAUCAAUUCAACUAUUCAUAAUCUGUUUGAAUUGCUAUUUGUCAGAGAUCUUUGUGGUACAUUUUGUUUUUCGAUGCAGUUUGUGAUUGGGAUGGAAUUGGUUGGAACCUUGGUUUUACCGGCUGCUAUUGCGUUCACUGGCUAUAUUCUUAUCCUUACCAUCAUUCCUGGUACUGAAAAACCUAUCGUCUCAUUGAUCUUGCUAGCCUUCAUCCUCGGUUUACCUGGUCUACUGAUCGUCAUCACGUCUAGAAGGAUAGCCUAUGUGGGAUGGAUGAUCAUCUAUCUUUUCUCACUACCUAUCUGGAACGCUGUCUUACCUACUUAUGCUUACUUUCAUAUGGACGAUUUCACAUGGGGUGAGACAAGGAAGAUUGAAGGUGCAAAGGAAAAGGCUCAUGGUGAUAAAGAAGGAGAAUUCGAUUCAUCUCAUAUCACAAUGAAACGUUGGGCUGAAUUCGAGCGUGAGCGAAGAUGGAAA